AUGGACAUGAGCUGGUACAAGCGGGCCGUGGACCUGUACGCCACCGAACCGGAAGGAUUCGUGUUCAGUGUCCCGUUCAACUCCGGAUAUUCGGGCAAAAACAGCUCCACGCUGGUGACCGCAAGCCACGCCAUUUUCAUCGAUCACCGAGGCCACCGUGCGCCGGCGGCCGUUGUGGGGCUGCAGUUUCUGCACGAAUCGCUCUUCAAGCACUUUAUCAACAUCACAUCGAAGUGCACGGCAUCGACGACCUGCAAGAAGAACUGCGCGUCGGACGAACUGGACUGCUACCUGCUGGACGACAAUGGGUUCGUGAUACUGUCGGAGCGGAGCGAGCACACGGGCAAGUUCUUCGGCCAGAUCGACGGCACCAUCAUGGACUCGCUGGUCCAGGACCGGAUCUACCGGCGCCUUGGGCUGAUGGACUACCAGGGAAUCUGCUCGGACCGGGACAACCCGUACACGGGCGCCAGCGAGCCGCUGAAGCCAGCCCGACCGAUGUCGUGGCUUCUGCAGUACUUUGUCUCCUUCGCGACCUACUGGCUGUCAGUGUUGCCAACUCCGAUCGGUGCUUGGCAAAACCCGAACAACUACUACGGUGAAGAUACGGACGGCGAGGAGGACGAUACGUACGAUUACGAGCAGACGGACUACGAGUUGCCACCCGAGCAUGGUGACGUCACGACGCCUGACUACGAGCAGCGCUCGACGCCGACCCCACAGCGAUCGCAUGCCCAGGCCGGGCCACGGGUCGCUCCUGACCCGGCCCACGCCAGGCCGUGUGACCUCAAGACGGACCUUUACGUACUGCAGCCGGACCGGUUGAACUCGAGCGGCCAGAACAACCCCCUGAAGGGCAAGCUGACCAACUGUCACUCGUCGGGCUGCGAGCGUCCGUUCAGCGUGCAGAAGAUCCCGAACAGCAACCUGAUCCUGCUGGUGGUGGACGUGCUCUGCCCGUGCGGCUCCAAGCAGCUGGACAUCGAGCCGCAGGAGGUGGUCGGGGGCGCCGGUGCCUGUGGCGUGCGCCGGAUGGCGAAGGAAAAGAUGCUCCGGAAGCGCCCCGGCAAGUGCAUCAGCUACCACCCGGAGGAGACCGAAAUCAAGCAGUGCGGCACUGCGACCUCCCUGUUCCGGGCGUCGCUCUACUCGACGAUAGCCACCUUCUGUGUCAUCUGGCGAAUAAUGGACUCGGCCGAGCAGGCGGCCCUGUCCGAGUCGGACCCGGAGUCGGCCGCAUCCAAGUCGCACACCGGCGGCGGGUUUUAUGACGCGCGCCGGAUCAACGAGUACCAGUCGGACGGGCGGUUGGCCGAGGGCUCCCGGCAGAUGCUGCUGCGCCACAUGCGCCGCUUCGAGGGCUACCCGGUCAACAUCAGCCUCAGCUCGGUGCUGCUACCGGUUGGCGUUGGGCUGGACGAGCCGGAAACGCAGGCCGCCAUCAAGUGGUCCUCGCACCUGGACCCGCUCUUCGCGAACAACAUCGAGCGCGACUCGGCCCUGUCGUGGCAGUACUUUGGCAGCAGCACCGGCUUCCUGCGGCGCUUCCCCGGCACCGCCUGGCCACCGGAGACCUCGUACGGGAGUAAGGAAAUUAACGACUUCCGCUCGGCGGACUGGUUCAUCCAGGCGGCCUCCUCGCCGAAGGACGUGGUAAUCCUGCUCGAUUCGUCCGGCUCGAUGAACGGCAAGGAGUACCAGCUGGCGGUGGCCACCGCCAGCGCCAUUCUCGAUACGCUCGGCGAUGACGAUUUCUUCAACCUGAUCUCCUUCGCCGACCAGGCCCGGGUGAUUGUGCCCUGCUUCCAGGACAAGAUGGUACGCGCCACACCGGACAACGUGAAGGAGGUGAAGACGGCCAUCAACGCGGUGGACUGUGAGAAUACGGCCAACUUCUCGGCCGCCCUCGAGAGCGCCUUCGAGCUGCUGCGGAAGUACAACCAGAGCUCGCAGGGCGCCCAGUGCAAUCAGGCCAUCAUGCUCAUCACGGACGGGCCGAGCGAUACGUUCCUGGACGUCAUCAAGCACUACAACCAUCCGCACAUGCCGGUGCGCAUCUUCACGUACCUGAUCGGCACGGACAAGAGCGGCGGCAAGAACCUGUACCGGAUGGCGUGCGAGAAUAAAGGAUUCUUCGUCCAGGUAAACGGCGCCGAGGAAGCCCGCAAGAAGGUGGUCGAGUACGCGCUGGUAAUGGCCCGCCCGAUGGUGCUCUACCAGGCGGACCAUCCGGUCCACUGGAGUCCGGUCUUUACGGGCGGCCGGAGUGGGGUGCUCGGUCGCGAGAGCGAAAACCGACGCAAGCUGGUGACGACCGUAUCGACGCCGGUGUUUGACCGCCGGAACCAUUCGGUCCGGGCGGCCAACCUGCUCGGUGUCGUCGGCACGGACGUGCCGAUCGAGGAGAUCCAGAAGAUGAUCCCGCAGCACAAGCUCGGCGUCAACGGGUACUCGUUCAUCGUGGACAACAACGGUCGGGUGUUGUACCACCCGGACCUGCGGCCGAUGAGCGAUGGCGACCAGUACAGUGCUACGCUGAAGCACCGCUACAACUCGGUCGACCUAACCGAGGUCGAGCUGCCGGAGGUGGAUAGUCCGGGUUUCGGCAACACCGAGCGACACGAUCAGCGCUUCGCCAACACGCUCCAGGAGCUGCGGAACGAGAUGGUGAUGCAGAAGGAAGGCGAGAACGAGCUCACGGUACUGGCGCACCUGGACAGCAUGAAGCGGGUGUCCUUGCGCUUCCAAAAGUACUUCUACGGUCCCAUUGACGGCACGCCGUUCUCGCUGGGAAUCGCCCUGCCCGAUUCGUACGGUGUUCACGAGCUGAAUGCCCAGCAGGAGAUCCGGCAUUCCCACAUCAAUGUGACCGAACACUUCAAGGGCAGUAACUGGAAGGUCCACCCUGACUGGGUGUACUGCGAGUACAACAGUCUGAAGGACGAAGAGAACGGGAGCGAAGGUGCGCCGGACUUGUCCACGUACCGGGACAAGGACGAGAGCUUCGAUACGCCCGAGGAACAGGUGCUCCACUUUUUGGCCCGCGUCGGCAGGCCCGGCUGGAAGUGGAUGUCGGUCCGGCCACGGUCGCCGCAACCGCACCACAGCCACGGGGGCAUCCCUGUCGGGCAUUACGCUCAGCAUCACUUCAACUCGCAAGGAUCGCGCAAAGCCGAGCCGUACUACUGCGACCGAACGCUCGUGCAGAGCCUGGUCCGGGACGCCAUCGUCACGGACGGACUGGACCGGGCACCGAGCCAUCCGGCCCGGAAGGAGGACCGAAGCCCCAUUGCCACGUUGAUGGCUUUACUGCACAGCCGGCUCGGGUUCAGUAUGUUCAGCGUGAAGACCACGUUUGUGGCCACUCGAUCGGGACUGUUGCGCUGGAUAGAUCACUUGCCGCACUCGGAGGACUCGUCGGAACCGUAA